AUGACGGGCUGUUUUUAUCUAGUUGCAUUGGAUAUAAAUGGCAGAACCCCUGUCAAGAGGUACGGAGUUAUAGUGUGUGAUCCGGUGAUCCAUUGUGGACUUGAUAGAAGUGUUAACCACAUGAUGGUUCCUUAUGUGCCAAUGCUGGUGCCACCAAAAAAGUGGAAAGGGUAUGAUAAAGGUGGUUAUUUGUUCUUACCUUCAUAUUUAAUGCGUACUCAUGGGUCUAGGCAGCAACAAGAUGCUAUUAAAUGUGCUCCUGUGAAACAAAUGCAGAAAGUGUAUGAGGCCUUAGAUACGUUGGGAAACACCAAAUGGAGAGUGAACAGACGAAUUCUGAAUGUGGUUGAGACUGUUUGGGGAGGAGGUGGCAACAUUGCUGGCCUGGUAAACCGCAACGAUGUUCAUAAACCUGAAUUGCACUCUGAUGCGGUGGAAGAAAUCAAAAAAUGGAAAUGGAACAUGAGGAAAGCAAAAAAAAUCACAGAGAGGCACUCACAGCGAUGUGACAUUGAACUCAAGCUUUCUGUGGCUCAUAAAAUGAAAGAUGAGGAUGGUUUUUAUUAUCCCCACAAUCUGGAUUUUCGGGGCCGUGCAUAUCCUAUGCAUCCACAUUUGAAUCAUCUGAGUUCUGAUCUAUGUCGAGGGCUCCUGGAGUUUGCAGAAGGACGGCCUUUAGGAAAAUCUGGAGUGUAUUGGCUUAAGAUACAUCUAGCAAAUCUUUAUGGAGGGGUUGUCAAAAAGCUUUCCUAUGACCAGCGCCUAGCUUUUGUGGAAAAUCACCUGAAUGAAGUUUUAGAUUCAGCAGAUAAUCCUCUCAAUGGAAAUCGCUGGUGGUUAAAGGCUGAGGAUCCUUUUCAGUGCUUAGCAGCUUGUAUGAACCUAUCAGAAGCCUUAAAGAGCUCAUCACCACAUACUGUCAUCUCUCACCUGCCCAUCCACCAGGAUGGUUCAUGCAAUGGUCUACAGCACUAUGCAGCUUUGGGGAAAGACAGUAUGGAAGCUGCUGCAGUCAAUUUAAUUGCUGGAGAUAAACCUGCAGAUGUUUAUUCUGAAAUUGCUGCAAGGGUUCAUGAUAUUAUAAGACUAGACAGUGAAAAGGACCCUACAAUUGAUCCCAAUGCUACAAUAGCCAAACUCUUAGUUGAUCAGGUAGACAGGAAACUGGUGAAGCAGAUCAUGACAUCGGUAUAUGGUGUCACUUAUGUUGGGGCACGUGAACAAAUCAAAAGAAGGUUACAGGAGAAGGGUCUGAUUACUGAUGAUAGGUUGCUGUUCAGUGCAGCUUGCUAUGGUGCUAAGGUGACAAUGGCUGCACUUGGUGAGCUGUUUCAAGCAGCACGUGGUAUAAUGGUUUGGCUUGGUGACUGUGCCAAGGUGAUUGCUUCAGAAAACCAACCUGUGCGCUGGACAACGCCACUGGGUCUCCCAGUUGUGCAACCAUACUUUAAAUCUCGGCGGCACAUUAUAAAAACUUCGCUUCAGGUUCUGGCAUUGCAGCGUGAGGGUGAUUCAGUUGAGGCUAGAAAACAGAGAACUGCUUUUCCUCCAAAUUUUGUGCACUCAUUGGAUAGUACUCACAUGAUGAUGACCGCAAUUGCUUGUAGAGAUUCUGGAUUGCAAUUUGCAGGGGUACAUGAUUCCUUUUGGACGCAUGCGUGUGAUGUUGACAAGAUGAACCAGAUACUGAGAGAGAAAUUUGUGGAGCUUUAUAGCAUGCCAAUACUUGAAAAUCAUCUUGUUUUCAGAGUGGAAUAUUGUGAUUCUAAGAAUGAAAUUGUUGCUUGAAAACUUCCAUACAUCAUAUCCAACAUUGACCUUUCCUGCUCUACCAAAAAGAGGUAACUUUGACUUGCGUGA